AUGGAAAGCCAUUCAAAUACGGUCAGUUACGUUGUGCAUAGCUCGACCGUUUAUUUAUGUUUCUAUUUAAUUAUAAAAAUAAUUGUUUUUCUUUCUUCUUAUAUAGUGGAAAAUAAAUUUUUUAAACUUGGUUUCAAUAAAAUUUAUAAUAAUGUGAAGAAUAUUUAUUAUAGAUAUAUGAAUAAUUCAGAAUACUGUAAAAUAAAUGAUAAUAUAGAAAUAAUAAAAAAGAAAAUUAAAAAGUACAAUAAAAUCAUUGAUCAGAAUAAAAAGGAAAAUCAACAUUUAAGUGAAUAUGAUUUAUUAAUAUUAAAUGGAAAAUAUACAAGAAAACUUAUGAAAGAACAAAAUGAAUUAAACCACUUAAUAAAAAUUAAAGAAACACAACAAGAACAAUCUAAAAAUAAUAUUUUUUUUAAAAUUUUUUAUAAUAUUUCGAUAUUUUUAACAUCAACAAAUAAAUUUAUAAAACUUCUUAGGAUACAAAUAGUGAUCCUUUUAUUGUUCCUAAUAGUAAAAUAUAACUUUAAAAAUAAAUGGAAAGAUUCGUGCCUACAAAUACAUUCGCAGUUAAUUUUUAAAAGAAAUUUUCAGUUUAUCUCAUCAGAUAUAUGCAAUAACAAUUUAUUUACUUUUCUUUGUGGAUACAACAUGACUCAUUUCUUUUUCAUGACGAUGAAAUAUAAUUGUGAAAUUAUAUAUUCUAUGUUAUUAAAAGAAGAAAAAAAAAAGAAAGCUUGA